AUGUUGAAUAUGUUCAAAUCAAUUCUGAAUGUCGACGAGAGUACUCUUAUUGAUGAGGUAUAUGUGCUGGACAACAAUCUUGUUGAACCUGUCUACGUUCUUCGACCAAUCGAUCCAGAGAAGAGAGAAGAAUGGCAAAUAAUUGAACAAGAUUUAGUAGUGAUUUUACGUCGAGCUUCUGAUAUUUGUUUAGCAAAUAAUAAAAUUACUCAAAGUGAACGAAACCAAUUUCAUAUAUCCGUAACGGCCAAGGAAAUUAUUCGUGCAUUGGAAAAUAAUACAACCGAUCCACAACGAAUGGUUGCUUUUUUUCGAGUGAUUGAAGAUAUUGAUGAAUUUGAUGUUAAAUUCAAAUCAAAAUUCAUCGAUACUGAUCAUGAAACAGAAAUAUUAUUGAAUGAGAUAAAAUCAAAUAUUCGAGAGAAACUUCCACUUGAAAAUCAAUUCAACUAUCGAGUAAACUGGAAAGAUGUCUCGAACCGAACAGAUUAUCUAACUAAAUUUCAAAUUGAUUUUUAUACUGUUAUUAAACGACAAAUCGAUUAUUAUAUGACAAAGGUUCAAGCAAAAGAUGUCUUGUACAAUGAAAUCUUUGAACAUGCUAUACAAUGUCGAAUGUUAAAUGAACGCUAUUUUUCAAGAGAUGAAAUUCUCGAUAAAGUUAAAACAUUUGUUUUGUCGGAUGUGUCACAACCAUGCACUCUAUUCGGCAAAUCAGGCUCGGGAAAAUCAUCUAUUAUGGCUCAAAUAGCGAUUAAGGUAUUAGAAUGGUUUCCAAAUCCGAAUUCAAUCUCUGUCAUCAUUCGUUUUCUUGGUGCAACACCAUUGUCAAGUGAUAUUCGUCGACCAUUAAUGUCGAUUAUACAACAAAUAUGUACUGUCUAUCACCUCACGCCAUCCUCUCUUAUCCAAGAUUUCACAACAAUUGAAGAACUAAAACAAAUAUUGCAAAAUCUCUUCAUGCAAAUUCCAAUUAGUGAACAACUUAUUCUCCUUUUCGAUUCGAUCGAUCAAUUAAGAGUCGAAGAUUACAAUUGUGAAAAAUGGCUUCCAAUCCAUUAUCCACUGAAUAUUAAAUGCAUUUUAUCUACAAUACCAAUGAUUACUGAAGGUAACGGGGAACAGAAAGUCGAGUAUAAAAUUCUUGAUGGACUUCAAUCUCUCUUCCCAAAUGGUACCAUGAUCGAGAUUAAGGAAUUCGAUAGAGAUCUAGCACAGCAAGUCGUCUGUUCUUGGUUAGAACGUGAUGGCCGACGUCUUUCACCGCUUCAAAUGACUUGGUUGAAACCAAAACUCGAGCCAUAUAGUCCAAAACAAGGUGAUCCAGAACCUACCCCAUUAUUUCUUUCUUUGGUAUAUCAAAUAACCCAGACAUGGCAUUCAUUCAAUAACAAACCUGAUCGUGAUUUUUUAAAAAUACAAUCAACCCGAGACGCCAUCAACUAUUUGUACAAUCAAUUAUCCAAAAAACAUGGAGAUAUUUUGUUCAAACGAGCGAUGACAUAUUUGAGGCUAGCGGGUGGUCUCAGUGAGUCCGAAUUGGAAGAUAUUCUUAGUGCGGACGAUAAAGUUUUGCAAUCAGUUUUUGUCCAUUAUCUUCCUCCAAGAAAUAUAUUCCGAUUACCAGGUACUCUAUGGAUUCGUAUUCGUAAUGAUAUGCACCAAUAUCUCAUAGAAAAAGAAAUCGAUAAUACGCUCAUUAUCUACUUGUAA